UUUUCUACAAAAGUACCUUGAAAAACAAUAAAUUUUCAUAGUACUUGAUGGAUCUCACUACUAAAUACUGAACAGAAUUAUGUUUUUGAAAACGGUUAUUCUCAUCGGUAUUUUCAUUAGUGAACAUUCAGCAAGUGGAGCGUUCGAUUUCGGAACAUCGUCGAAGCGGUGUUCUAACAGUGAACAAUGCAAUGAAUCUUGUAUAACAAAGCACGCUGCCAUUUCUGGCCAAUGCGAAAGACGCCAUUCGGAUUAUUUCGACAAAUGUUAUUGCCGAGUUAAACAGGAGACUUGCAAACAAUACGUGACGAGCAAUUACGUGUUUGAACAAUGCGACUGGAAUCCAGGUAUUUGCAUCGAAGUAUGCGCCAGAAACAAUUAUGAAGGAGCUCACUGUGAACCACAUUACCGUGUCAAGAAGGUUAAGUUAUGCAAUUGCUACAGAACGCUGCAGGAGUGCGGCGAAUUGGAUGUGUUUUUCAGAUUGCCCGAAGAAGAAAUUUUUUAAUCAUAUGAAGACAUGGCCGUCCUUGUAGCAAAUACAAAUAAUCUGUGUAUUUUAUUUUUGGUAAAUUAAA